AUGGCUAUGCAUCUGGUGACUGGUGCCAUGGGCAGCCUGCUCCCCAAGCUGGGCGAGCUGCUCAUGGAGGAGUACAACCUGCACAAGCGCGUCAAGAAAGACAUUGAGUUCCUCCAGAACGAGCUUGAGAGCAUACACUAUGCUCUCAUCAAGGUUGGUGAGGUGCCGCGGCACCAGCUUGACAAAUACGUCAAGCUCUGGGCUGAUGAGAUCAGAGAUCUCUCCUACAACAUGGAGGACAUCGUCGACAAGUUCCUUGUGCAUGAAAACGCCGAAAAUUUCAAGGGGCUCACGAAGAAGAUGAUCGGCAUGUCCAAGAAAGGCAAGAGUCACCAUGAGAUAGCUGAUGCCAUCAAGGUUUUCAAGGUGCACCUCCGAGAGGUGGCUGCUAGGCAUGACAGGAACAAGGUCGAUGGUAUUGCUCCUAAUCCCGCCAAAGCAACUGCUAUUGAUCCUCGUGUCCAUGCUCUGUACACAGAAGCGACAGAACUCGUUGGCAUCUAUGGGAAGAGUGAUCAAGACCUCAUGAGUUUGCUCUCCUUCGAGACCGACUGUGGCGCCUCUAGCAAGAGUCUGAAGAAGGUCUCCAUCGUUGGAUUUGGUGGGUUGGGCAAGACCACUCUUGCUAGAGCAGUGUACGAGAAGAUUAAAGGUGAUUUUGAUUGUGGGGCAUUUGUCUCUGUCGGUCAGAAUCCAGGCGUCGCGAAGGUUUUAAGAGAUAUCCUUGUUGAUCUUGGGAACUCUAGAGCAGAUGUCGCUAUAUUGGAUGAAAGGCAGCUUAUCAACAAGCUAUGUCAAUUCCUUGAGAACAAAAGGUACCUCAUCAUAAUUGAUGACCUAUGGGAUGAAGAAUUGUGGAAAUGCAUAAACUUUGCUUUCUCUAACAGAAAUAAUCUAGGCAGUCGUAUAAUCACCACAACACGCAUUGUCAGUGUCUCUGAAUCAUGUUGCUCGUCUGCUGAUGACUCAAUUUAUAAAAUGAGACCACUUUCUAUUGAAGAUUCCAGAAGGCUCUUUUAUAAAAGAAUAUUUCAUGAUGACAGUGGAUGUCCAAUUCAAUUUGAAAAAGUGUCUCAAGAUAUAUUGAAAAAAUGUGAUGGGGUACCACUAGCCAUCAUUACCAUUGCUAGUGUUUUGGCUAGUGGCCAGCAGAUCAAACCAAAGUGUGAGUGGGAUACUAUACUCCAGUCCUUUGGCUCCGGACUAAUAGAAGAUAACAGUUUAGAGGUGAUGCGGAGAAUAUUAGCUUUAAGCUAUUAUGAUCUACCCUCUCAUCUGAAAUGUUGUCUAUUGUACCUAUGUAUAUAUCCAGAAGACAAGCGCAUUGAUAGAGAUAAACUGAUAUGGAAGUGGGUGGCUGAAGGAUUUAUCCACCAUGGAAAUCAAGGAACUAGCUUAUUUUUGCUCGGAUUAAAUUACUUCAACCAACUCAUCAAUAGAAGCCUAAUCCAACCAAUAUAUGAUGAUAUUGGCAAUGUAGAGGCUUUCCGUGUAUGUGAUAUGGUUCUUGAUCUUAUCUGCCACUUGUCACAUGAAGAAAAUUUUGUUAAUGUAUCAAAUGUCACAGGGGAUACCAUGUCUUCUCGAAGCAAUGUUCGUCGUUUGUCCCUUCAAAAGAGAAUUGAAGCUCAUCAAGCAAGACCUCUCAUAAAUUGCAUGAGUAUAUCACAAGUGAGAUCCAUUACUAUCUUUCCACCUGCUAUUGAUAUCAUGCCAGCAAUGUCAGGGUUUAAAGUUUUACGUGUACUUGAUUUGUCGCACUGUGAUCUGGGGGAAAGUAGCAGCCUGCAACUUAACCUGAAGGGUGUUGGACAAUUAAUUCACCUAAGGUACCUUGGUCUAGGAGGUACUAAUAUUAGUGAACUCCCGGAUGAGAUAGGGAACCUGCAGUUUUUGGAGGUGUUGGAUCUUGAAUUCUAUUAUGAGCUACAUGAAUUGCCGUCAACUGUUUGCAACUUGAGAAGAUUAAUCUGCCUACAUGCUAAUAUAUGUCAGGUGGCUCCGGGUGUGUUGGAGAAUCUUAUAUUAAUAGAAGUAUUGAAGACUUUCAUGGCUGCCUCUGUGAGUACUGUGCAAGAGCUUGGCAACCUGGCAAGGCUGAGGGAGCUUGGGAUUUGCUUCACAGAUUCUAGUUUGGCUUUGUAUGAAGGUUUCGUGCAUUCUCUGUGUAAACUACAUCAUAUUGAAAGUCUACUUAUUAAUUCCCAUUCCAGAGAAACAUCUCUAGAACUGAUGGAUCUCUUGGGAGAAUGUUGGGUGCCUCCUCAACAUCUUCGCAUGUUUCAGUCAGACAUGCCUAGCCAACUCUCUACGCUGCGAGCGUGGACAAAUAGAGACCCCUCGCAUCUCUCAAAUCUCUCCGAGUUAAGCCUCAUGUCAGUGAUGGAAGUACAACAGGAAGACUUGGAAAUCAUUGGGGGUUUGCUGGCCCUUCGUCGUCUCUGCAUAAAGAGCACCCACCAAACACAGCGGCUGCUAGUCAUCGGUGCAGAUAGCUACUGUUGUUUGGUAGCCUUUGAGUUGGAUUGUGGGCCAGCAGCGCAAAUAAUGUUUGAACCCGGAGCUUUGCCAAGUGCGGAAGCAAUUACAUUCAGCCUAGGCAUGCGGGUGGCUAAAGAGGAUGGCAACUAUGGUUUCGACUUGGGCCUGCAGGGGAACUUGCUCUCUCUUCGGCGACAUGUCUGGGUUUAUAUCUUUUGUGGUGGAGGGAGUGUUGGGGAGGCCAAGGAAGCAAAGGCUGCAGUGAGACACGCCCUCCACGCCCAUCCCAACCAUCCCCGCAUAUAUAUUGAUAUGUUCCCUCGUAUAGCAAAAGGUGCUCAUAAUGAUGAUUUGUGUGAUUAA